AUCAGAGAAAUCACAAAUUUCAUCACAAAAUUCGAUGUCGAUUCUAUGGGAGAAGAGCGGAACAUGGAGGUGGAUAGUGAGACAAACGAAGGAAUCCAAGCCGUUCUUCAUCGGAUUUGCGACGGUUUGUGGUGUAGUUCCAGGGAUAAUAGGUUUCUGUGUUAUGUCAGCUACUAAUUCUCGUAGUCCUGAACUUGAAGCUAAGCUAAGGCAGAAUGCUCGUCCUGAAACCCUAAUGAUGGGUAAAGUUAAUAAGGAGAGGCUGGCUGAGUACCUUGGCGAACUGCAGAGGAAGGAGAAUACAAAUGACAGAUACGUUGCAGCUUUAAAGGGCGAAACGUUGACAAGGAAACCUUAUCAGAGAAUUCAACCAGUACCAAAUCCAAGUGAUAUUGAAGCAAAGAAGGAACAGAAGUAGGUCAUCGCGUAGCCGGCUUUGUUGCUUUGUUUUGGUAGUUCUACUUUUCCCAGUGGAUAAAGCUUUGAAGUGGACACAAAUGGAGUUAUUGCUAUGUCUCUUUGAAACUUGUAAAAUUAAAAUUUGAAGAAUGUCCUUUGUCGAAUGAGUGAAAUUUGAUUGAAAGCUAAAAAUCAUAUUUUACUGCUAGUGUGAGCAACUUUGUUUA